UACCUAUGUACGUAUCGAGCUAACCUCAAAAUUAUGAACUAUAGAUGUAUAUAUAUUGCGCGAGAGCGUAGGGACAUCCAACGGGUGUUUCCCGAAAUAGACAUGAUUCACAACAGAACCGUGGUGAAUUGACAGAUCCUCUUCUUCUUCUUCUUCUUCUUCUUCUUCUUCUUCUUCUUCUUCUUCUUCUUCUUCAUCUUUUUUUCUUCUUGUUGUUCUUCUUCUUCUUAUACUUCUCGAGUCCGUGAGUCGUUACGCUUCGUUGGAUCGCGCCAUCCGAUUAUAAUGUUUAUUUUUGUUCUCUGACUUUUUUUCUUCUUUAUGUGAUAUUGACGAAUGACAGUGAACGAGCUGUGUGAUUCGGAGGAUCGAAUGUGAACGUGAUUUGUUGUGCUUAUAUUCCAGAGACGUUGUUUCUAUAUAAUCAAGAAGUAACGAGUAAAUAGCAAUUAAUUACGUUAGAGGAAAGGAACGAAAUAAAGAAGAAGAGAAAAGAACGAAAAGAUCACAUCCUUGUUGGAGAUAGUCGCAAUGGCCACAUUAUCUUUACGGAUCUCCAUUCCGGAGAAAAAUGCAACGAAGAUGAUGCAAUUUGAUCCAAGUACGUCAGUUUAUGAUGCCUGUCGUAUAAUACGAGAAAAAUUAGCAGAGGCCAGUAAUAUGGGACAACCCAAGGAUUAUGGACUUUUUUUUGCCGACGAGGACGUAAAGAAAGGUGUUUGGCUCGAACCAGUAAGGAAUCUCGAUUAUUAUAUCUUACGAAACGGUGAUCUUUUGGAAUAUCGUCGUAAACUUCGUACUCUGAGAGUACGAAUGUUGGAUGGUACAUUGAAAACAUUGUUGGUAGACGAUAGUCAACCUGUCGCUAAUCUUAUGGUAGUCAUAUGCACGAAAAUUGGGAUUACAAAUCACGACGAGUAUUCUCUUGUACGCGAGCUCGUUGACGAAGAAACGGAAAAUCAAAAACCUGGUAACUUUGGUACUUUAACGUUGAAGAGAAGAAAGGAGGACAAAGGUGAGAGAGAUGCUAAGAUGGAUCAAUUGAGGAAGAAACUUAAAACCGACGACGAAGUUAAUUGGAUAGAUCCAAGUAAGACUCUUCGUGAGCAAGGUAUCGACGAAUCGGAAACGGUAUUAUUAAGAAGAAAAUUUUUCUUCUCUGAUCAGAACAUCGACAGUCGAGAUCCGGUGCAAUUGUCACUUUUAUACGUACAAGCAAGGGAUGCGAUUUUGGAUGGUACACAUCCGGUUACACAAGAGAAAGCUUGCAUCUUCGCUGGUAUCCAAUGUCAAAUACAAUUCGGUGAUCACAAGGAGGACAAACACAAGCCAGGUUUUUUGGACUUGAAAGAAUUCUUACCGCAAUCUUACGUGAAAGUAAAGGGUAUCGAGAAGAAGGUAUUUGCCGAGCAUAAGAAACACGUUGGCUUGUCCGAACUCGAUGCUAAAGUUUUGUACACGAAAACGGCUAGAUCAUUGAGCACAUACGGUGUCACGUUCUUUUUGGUAAAGGAAAAGAUGAAGGGUAAAAAUAAACUUGUACCAAGAUUGCUCGGUGUAACGAAGGAUUCAGUUUUACGAUUAGACGAGAAGACCAAAGAAAUAUUAAAAACGUGGCCAUUGACAACCGUCCGACGUUGGGGUGCUUCCCCGAAUACGUUCACCCUUGAUUUCGGAGAUUAUUCCGAUCAAUAUUACAGCGUACAAACUACCGAGGCAGAACAAAUCUUACAAUUGAUCGCUGGUUACAUAGAUAUCAUAUUGAAGAAGCAAAAGGGUAAAGAUCAUUUUGGUAUCGAAGGGGACGAAGGAUCAACUAUGGUCGAGGAUAGUGUAUCACCUUUAAAAGCGACAAUUAUGCAACACGAGACUAGUAACGUUGGAAAGGGAAAUGUUGAAGCUGUUUCCGUCGCAAUACCCGCAGUUAUAAGAGCAGGUGGUGAUGGGGCUCGACCAUAUGGGACAGGUCACAUGGGUGGUGCUCAAUACACGACCGUCAGCGGACAAGUCAACAUCGCACAUGCUCCGCCAAUGGUGCAACAAACAAAAGUUACAUCCGUCCUGUCGGAACCACAGCGUGCCUUACUUUCGACGAUAACAGCCGGUCACGAGGUGAUCAAUAUCGCAGAAACGGAACUCUCUUGCAAAGCACAAUUACCGGAACUCGGUACCGAUCCAGCAUCCCUAAAAUGGAUCGAACAGACCAUAGAUACGCACAAACAAAAUGUUGGCUCUCAGAUAGCAGCGAUGAACGCAGCUACGGCACAAGUAGUAACGUUGACUUCGGGUCCAGCGGAUGACGUCGAUCAUACGGCCGUAGGUGCAGCGAUAACAACCAUAGCCACGAAUCUUCCUGAAAUGACAAAAGGUGUUAGAAUGAUAGCAGCUUUGAUGGAGGAUGAAUCAUCUGGAGAACGUUUACUCGAUGCAGCUAGAAAAUUAUGUUCCGCUUUCUCAGAUCUACUGAAAGCGACGGAACCAGAAACUAAAGAGCCAAGGCAGAACUUGUUGAACGCUGCAUCACGGGUUGGCGAAGCGUCGCAUCAAGUAUUGACAACGAUCGGCGAGGAAAACGAUUCAAAUCGGGAAUUACAGGAUAUGUUGCUCGCAUUAGCGAAAGCUGUAGCGAACACGACUGCCGCGUUGGUAUUAAAAGCUAAGAACAUAGCGGCUACCUGCGAGGAUUCGGCUACGCAGAACAGAGUAAUAUCAGCGGCCACGCAAUGUGCGUUAGCUACGUCCCAAUUGGUAGCUUGUGCGAAAGUGGUAGCACCGACUUUGCACUCGCCCGCUUGUCAAACGCAGUUGAUGAACGCCGUGAGAGAGGUAACGAAAGCUGUCGAGGGUUUGGUCGAGGUCUGUAACGAGACCUGUAACGAUGAAAACUUAUUGAAAGAAUUGAGUACGGCAGCGAGCGAAGUCAGCAGAACGUUGAACGAUCUUUUGAAUCAUAUUAAAACAGCUACCAGAGGCGAACGUGCGAAGGAAUCUAUUCAAGAGGGUGCGGUCGAAACGAUUCUCGUAGCGACGGAUAAACUUUUCGCUAGUACAGGAGACGCCGGUGAAAUGGUCAGACAGGCUAGAGUAGUUGGACAAGCUACAGCGCAAUUGAUUCAAAGUAUCAAAGGUGAAGCUGAGAAACAGUCCGAUCCGGAACAACAGCGACGUCUGUUAGCAGCCGCUAAGAUAUUGGCCGAUGCUACAGCGAAAAUGGUAGAAGCCGCUAGACAAUGUACGAGCAGUCCGCACGACGCUAAGAUGCAAGAUCAGCUUAGACAAGCUGCCGAGGAAUUAAGAACGGCUACAACGGUAGCCGCUACUCCGGCAUUGCGUAGAAAAUUGAUCGUACGUUUGGAGGCUUGCGCGAAACAAGCCGCAUCGACGGCAACUCAAUGCAUCGCUGCUUCUUCCGGUGCUGUACACCACAACACGAAUCACGCGAGUCAGGAGGAAUUGAACGUAGAGUGUAGAUUGAUGGCUCAACACAUACCGCAUUUAGUCGCUGGAGUAAAAGGGACCCAGGCUCAACCGGACAAUCCUACCGCACAACUUAAUCUGAUUAAUGCCGCGGAACAAUUUUUACAACCGGGCACUGCCGUAAUCAAAGCUGCCAGGGCUGUUUUGCCUACAGUAACCGAUCAGGCAUCAGCAAUGCAAUUGAAUAAUACGUCUCAACAACUUGGUUCCUCGUUGGCCGAUUUAAGAUCGGCCGUAACACGAGCUAGAGAAGCUUGCGGUGGAUUAGAAUUAGAUGCUGCCGAAGAAUUAAUUAACAGUUUAAAGGACGAAUUGAAAGAGUUCUAUCAAGCUGUAGAAGCUGCCUCUUUGAGGCCAUUGCCCGAGGAAACUACGGAAUCUACGGCUUUACGACUUGGCUCGACAUCCAAGAAUGUUGGAUAUGCUAUGGCACAAUUGCUGUCAGCUGCUAAACAAGGAAACGAAAAUUAUACCGGAAGUGCCGCUAGAGAAACUGCGUCGGCACUUAAAGAUCUUACGUAUGCUGUACGCGGUGUCGCCGCUACGUCUAAUCAACCAGAGACGCAAAAGAAAGUGUUGAUGACCGCCGACGACGUAAUUCUCCGAUCUCUACAUCUUGUCCAAGAGGCCAGGCGAGCAUUGAAGAAUCCAGACAACCCAGAAAAUGAAGCGAACUUAGCUGCCGUCGCCAAAGACGUAUCGCACUCCUUGAACAAAUGUGUCUCUUGUCUGCCUGGUCAGAGAGACGUAGACGAUGCUAUUCGCACGAUAGACGACAUGAGUCAAGUUCUUAAUAUGAAUGAGUUCCCGCACACCGAUAAGAAUUAUGGACAAUUGCAGAAUGACCUCAACAAUGCGGCUGCCAACUUGAACGACGCCUCUUCGAACGUCGUCUCUUCGGUUCGUUCACCUGUACAAUUGGCAAGUUCUUCAAAACAAUUUUCAAAUGCUUUCGGAGAUCUAUUGGGCGUUGGUAUGGAAAUGGCAAGUCAAACCACGGUAGAAACCAGAAGUCAGAUGGUGGUUUCUUUGAAAAAUGUUAGCAUGACGUCCAGUAAGCUUCUCACAACAGCCAAGUCAGUAGCCGCCGAUCCUAGCGCGCCAAAUGCCAAGAAUCAACUUUCUGCUGCUGCACGAGCAGUGACAGAUUCAAUCAAUUACUUAGUCGAUGUCUGUACAUCAGCAGCACCAGGACAAAAUGAAUGCGAUAACGCUAUAAGAAACAUUCAAUCGAUGGCAUCUCUUUUGGAUAAUCCUAGCGAACCUAUAUCCGAUGCGUCGUACUUCGAGUGUUUGGAAAUUGUUAUGGAGAAGAGUAAAAGUCUCGGAGAUGGUAUGACGGGUAUCGCGAAUCAUGCAAAGAAAUCGGAACACGAACAGUUUUCGGUAGCCGUUAGAGGAGUCUCAUCAUCGAUUUGCGGAUUAAUUGAAGCCGCUGCUCAAGCGGCGUAUUUGGUAGGUGUUAGCGAUCCUACAUCGGUAGCUGGAAAACCUGGUCUCGUAGAUCAAGCACAAUUCCUGAGAGCCGCUCAAGCGAUUCACACUGGUUGUCAGAGUCUUGGUAAUCCAACGAGUACUCAACAGCAGGUAUUAUCGGCGGCUACGAUGAUAGCCAAACAUACCAGUGCAUUGUGCAAUGCUUGCCGUCAAGCAUCUAGUAAAACCAGUAAUCCAGUUGCCAAACGUCACUUCGUACAAUCGGCAAAGGACGUAGCGAAUUCAACCGCUUCCUUGGUAAAAGAAAUAAAGGCACUCGAUCAGAACUAUUCCGAGAUAAAUCGUGAGAAAUGUGCGGAAGCGACGAAGCCCCUUUUGGAGGCUGUCGACAAUCUUUGCACGUUCGCGAGUUCCCCGGAAUUCGCUAGUCAACCGGCUAAAAUAUCCGUCGCGGCUAGGGCAGCUCAGGAGCCUAUAACGAGCGCUGGAAAAGCUAUUAUCGGUGGUUCCUGCGCGAUGGUACAAGUUGCGAAAAGUUUGGCCAUAUCGCCGAAAGAUCCGCCAACCUGGCAACUGUUAGCCAACAACAGCAAAAACGUAAGCGACUCGAUCAAGUCGUUGGUCGCAUCGAUACGUGACAAAGCGCCAGGACAAAAGGAAUGCGAGGCUGCGAUAGAAAAGCUUUCAGCUAGAAUCCGUGAACUGGAUACGGCCUCUCUCAGUGCCGUUUCACAGGCCCUUGUACCAAGACGCGAUAACACUGUACAAGGUUUCACCGAUCAAAUGGAGAGUAGCGCGAGCGAAUUGCGAGAGAAAUUGGAACCGUUGCGUAACGCUGCGAAAUACGAAGCCGAAAAUGUCGGACAUUCCGUUAAUCAAGUUGCAUUGUACUGCGAGCCCUUGGUAUCAUGCGCUAUUGGUGCCGCAUCUAACAUGGUACAUUCGAAACAACAAAUGGUAUUGCUCGAUCAGACCAAGACGGUAGCAGAAUCAGCUUUACAAUUGAUAUACGUUACCAAAGAAUCGGGUGGAAAUCCUAACGCAACAUCUCUUCACGCGGAAGUGGACGAAACCGUCGAAUCAAUGAAAGACGCGUUACACGAGUUACAAAACACAUUGGAAACAAUAUCAACGUCUAAUGGAAUUGUUACAGGCUUGAUCGAUACCAUCUCACGAGCUAUGGUCAGGCUAGAGGAUCAUAGAAUGUCUACGAUCGAUACGGUCGACUCUUAUGUCGAUUAUCAAACGAGGAUGGUCGAGGCGGCUAAAGAAAUCGCAAGACUCGCACAGGAAAUGUCGACGAAAUCUAGUACGGACGUAGCCAGAUUGGGACCGCUUGCAGUAGAUAUUUCUCACAAAUAUACACAGCUCGCCCGAGACACUUCAGGUGCAUCGGCCGCGGCCUCGAACGCUGACGUUUCAACUAGAUUAAGAACCGGUGUUCAAGAACUUGGGCAGACCUGUAUCGACAUAGUACGCGCAGCUGGAACCUGUCAAAUGUCACUCGGUGACGUCUACACGCAACGGGAGGUAGCCGAACACAGUAAGAUCGUCACGGAGAAGGUCUCUCAAGUUUUGGCCGCUCUGCAAGCUGGUUCGCGCGGUACGCAGGCAUGUAUCAAUGCUGCGAGUACGGUAUCCGGUAUAAUCGGUGACCUUGACACAACCAUCAUGUUCGCUACCGCUGGAACUCUGCACGCGGAGAACGAAGGUGACACGUUCGCCGAUCAUCGCGAAAACAUAUUGAAGACUGCUAAAGCUUUGGUGGAAGAUACGAAAACGUUGGUUGCUGGUGCUGCUUCUUCGCAAGAACAAUUAGCCGUAGCUGCACAAAAUGCUGUCUCGACGAUCGUACAACUCGCCGAAGUAGUGAAAUACGGUGCUGCCAGUCUUGGUAGUCAAAAUCCCGAGGCACAGGUUAUGCUUAUCAACGCUGUUAAAGAUGUAGCCUCCGCGUUAGGCGAUCUCAUACACGCGACCAAAGCUGCAAGUGGCAAACCCAUCAACGAUCCCAGCAUGGCACAUUUAAAGGAUUCCGCGAAGGUGAUGGUGACGAAUGUGACAUCGUUGCUGAAAACCGUUAAGGCUGUUGAGGAUGAACACACGCGUGGUACCCGUGCCUUGGAAUCGACGAUCGAAGCCAUUGCACAAGAAAUUCGUGCACUGAGUACAUCGGAAGGUCAAAGGAGCAACGUUACGCCUGAGGAAUUGGUACGUUGUACCAAGAGUAUAACAAUCUCAACGGCGAAAGCGGUGGCCGCUGGUAACAGUUGUAAACAAGACGACAUCAUAGCUGCUGCAAAUAUGGGCAGGAAGUCGAUAAGCGACAUGCUGAUGAUUUGCAAGGGAGCCGCCUACAACUGUGCGGAAACGGCCGAGCUAAGGGACAGAACUUUGCAGGCAGGCCAUGACGUUGCUAUGAACUACAGAGAGCUCCUUCAGGCGAUACUUCAGAUAGCGUCUAGAUCGGGCGACGCUAAGCAUACACUACCGCCAAUAUCUCGGAAGAUCGCUCAAAGCGUCACGGAAUUGGUGGCCGUCGCUGAGUUAUUGAAAGGAAACGACUGGGUCGAUCCUGACGAUCCCACUGUAAUCGCUGAAAACGAACUGUUGGGUGCAGCUGCCAGUAUCGACGCUGCUGCGAAGAAGCUAGCGAGUCUUAGACCAAGAAGAAGUAUUCAGGAGGCCAACGAAGAUAUGAAUUUCGACGACAUGAUCUUAGAAGCGGCCAAAUCUAUCGCCGCUGCUACGUCCGCUCUCAUCAAAGCGGCCAGUGCUGCCCAAAGAGAAUUAAUCGCAACCGGUAAAGUAUCACGAACACCUUUAACCAGCUCCGAUGAUGGUCAAUGGUCAGAAGGAUUAAUAUCAGCAGCAAGGAUGGUAGCCGCAGCUACUCAUAGUCUCGUUGAAUCUGCAAAUGCUUUGGUACAAGGUGUCAGUUCUGAAGAAAAAUUAAUUUCAAGCGCUAAACAAGUUGCCAGUAGUACCGCUCAACUUUUGGUUGCGUGCAAGGUCAAAGCUGAUCCAGACAGCGAUAGUACCAAACGUUUACAAGCGGCUGGUAAUGCUGUGAAACGUGCAACAGAUAAUCUCGUGCGUGCUGCACAACAAGCUAUUCAACAGGAGGAGGAUCGUUCCUUGAUUUUAAAUCGUAGAAUGGUCGGUGGUAUAGCACAAGAAAUCAAUGCAAGAUCCGAGGUUUUACGUAUAGAACGUGAACUCGAGGAAGCUCGAGGCAGACUCACUGCCAUUAGACAAGCCAAAUACAAAGGAUCUUCUUUGUCUUAUAUACAAGAACGUGAAAUGUCAUACGAAAAAUGUACUCGUACCUUCGACAAGAAUUAUGUCGUGCAAAUGUAAUUCGAUAGAAAAGCAUCGAUCUUCGCGUCGUCGAAAUCCAUCGACUUAUUUACAAACGUCGUGUUGACCAAAUUUUUUUUUUACACUUUUUUUCUUUUCUUUUUCUUUUCUUUUCUCUCUCUCUC